AUGGACCUGUCCAGUCGCCAGGAAGGUCCCAGGCCGUUCCGCUCGAGGCGCGAUCGGCCGUGCGACGCCUGUCGAGGACGCAAGAUAGCGUGCCGCAUCGAGACCUCGCCGCCGUGCGCCUUCUGUGAAAGUCGGGGGAGCAACUGCACGUUCCAGAACGGGCCGAACAACAAGAGACGGCGCGUGUUCUCCCACUCGAUGCCGCACCACCACUACCUGCCGCAGCCGGACGGCUUGACGGCGAUCCCUCAGACCUGGGAGGACUUCGCCGCGGAAGCAUUCGACAGCACCAUCUUCGAUAGCCUGGAUCUCGCCGAAGAUGCGAGUCCCACGGCGUUCCAGAAUCAACGGUCCCCUCCGCAGCCGCCGACCUCAGACGGACGCCACGCAAGUACGAGCCCACGGCAUUUCCCGCCGCAGAGCCUGCGUCCGUCUUCGGGGGAUGCCAGGCAUCACGACUCAAGUACCCUCCACCGAUCCCAGGUCCCGCCAGAUACGGGCCACCUGAACCGCCAUGUGGUGAUGGAGUUGAUGAAGGGCCGAGAUCAGCUCGAAAUAUCUCGGACCCGCUUGAGACGUACCCGAGAUCACAGCGACGACCCAUUCGCGGGGGGAGAGGGUUCCCAGAUCUUGAUGGUGAGAGAGGAUCCGCCGUUUCUGCUCCACGGCAAGUCGUGCAUGGAGCGUGCUUCGUGGUCGGAUAUCGAGGGCCUGCUCUUGAGCAAGCAGCGCGACGAGCUGCUGCGGCUGUAUUUUCGUUUCGUCCAGCCCUUGUUCCCCAUUCUCCAGCACGGUGACGGAGCCUCCGGCGACGGCACGCAGGGCGAUCCUCCUCAAGACACCGCGUCACUGGCUCUCUGCGCCUCGGUGUACGCAACCGCUCUGCCAUUUGCCAUCCACAAUGAUUACCUGAGUGCCACACUGACGGACGCAAGCGGGAAGCGCGAGCAGCUGUACUCGAUCGCGAUUGCGGCCCUGCUGGAGAAUGCAAAUGCGCCUUCGAUCGAAACCCUGCAAGCCUGUCUGCUUCUGUUGCAGAAAGGCCCGACCAUCCAGCAUCAAGGGUUGACACCGACAUAUUCCUGGCUCGCGUCGAUCGCCGCCACCACUGCCAAGUCUCUCGGCCUCCAAUAUGACUGCAGCGGAUGGAACAUCCCCACGGCGGAGAAGCAGCUUCGCACACGACUCUGGUGGGCGACGUUUACCAUGGACAUGUGGGUGAGUGUGGACUCGCCCGGGGGCCCAUCGAUUAGGUCCGACGACUACGACGUGCCUCUGCCAAAGGCGGGAGACGGGAUGCCCGGCGAUUACGAGGCGGUGGUGACAGGAUCCGGCCACGAGUUCGACCGCCUUGUCCUCCUGACGCACCUUCUAGCCCAGAUCCACGAAACGUACUAUACGAUCCACGCGGCCAAACAAACGUCCUCGGACCUGUUCAAGUCUCUCGAGUUUGCGCGGCCCCUCCGUUCGGCUCUCGGCGACUGCAGGCAGAGUCUGAAGGCAGCCCUGCCGCUCAACGCGGGCGACGAGCCCGGGAUGAGCGCAUCCGUGCACCUGGCGGCGUGCGUGGUGUCGAUCGUGCUCUUCCGCGCCCUCCUCCGCCCCGUCCAGUGCCGCGGCCCCGGGUCCCCGGUCGAAAGCUACAAGUCGGCCGCGGCGGCCGUCGUGACCGGCUCGGUCAACUGCGCGCGCGAGACGGUCGAGCUGUUGGAGAACAUGGUCUCCGUCAUCGGCCCGUGGAACGCGUUCUGGCAUUCCUGGUCGCAGGGCAACUUUGCCAUCGUCAGCACCUUCUUGGUCCAGCUGCUGCUCGUGACCGAGGUCGGCGACGGGACUCGCACCGAGGUCAGCGAGCUGAUUUCGCGCUGGAAGCGCGCGAUCCGGGUCAUGGCCGGGAGCGGCGGAUGGGGGAGUUCCCUGAUGUGUAUGGCGCUCGCCAGACUAGAUUCUCUCCUCAACCAGGCUGGUCUGUGA